CCAUGAUAUUGGUGUGACGACACAUUUUAAAUUAAAAGGAACUCCAAAUCGAACGUACAUUUCAAUUCAGACAUUUCAAAGGCCAGACUUAUUGUAGUCCAAACCCAUAGACGCAAAUUAGAGAGCAGUAGAAGACACCGGGAACCGCAAAACGAUCGAGGAUGUCAACCUCAAUUUUGGCCACAAUGUGCGCAGAGCGCCUCACCAAGAUCCUGGUCCGCUACUCACGCGGUCCAGCCCAGCCCACACUGGUGCGGAAUGAGUCCAAGUCGCAGUCGCAGUCCCAGUUCCUGUCCCACUCUCAGUGUCCCCUUCGGAGUGUGAAUCCCUUGCCGCGUAGUGAAGCCACGGUGGCCUAUCUCAAACCCUUGGCGAGUGGCGGACAGGUGCAGUCAUUGGGAAAACCCGCUGCCAAGUGGCAGCCAUUGGCCAGCUUCUCCAACAUUAGUCAAAAGUUCCAGCAGGUUAAUAUGGCUGAGCAGCCACUCCUGAGAGCCAAGACGCAAGCACCACAGUUUAACUAUACGAGAAACAUUGAAGUCUCACCCAGUAAAUCGAAGGGAUCGCAGGAUUGGAAGCAACUGGGCUCAUCGCGCUUCUCAGCACCGUUCGCCAGUAUUUUCCAGGGUCAGAGCAUACCUUUGAAGCCCUUUGGCCAAGAUUCCCUUGCCUUCCAUGCCAAUAAAGUGUACAGGGACUGCUGUUAGCCGGACACACAAGGUCCAUCCCACGAUCCUGUUGCCAAGCCCAUUCACAGCUAAGACACUACUGCAUCACGCCAAGUGUGUAGAGUCGAGUUGCGACUGAGAUUGGUAACAGGCAUCGGAGAUGGCCCACAAUCUGUUACAGAAUAAACGUGUUUCGUGUUGA